UACAACGUGGAGAACCCCUUAUGGGACCCUGCACGUUACCAUUCAUGGCUCACCGAAAGGCAACCGCCCGGCCAUCCUGACCUACCAUGAUGUUGGGCUCAACCAUAAGACCUGCUUCAAGACCCUCUUCGAGUUCGAGGACAUGCUGGAGAUCACCAAGAAUUUUGUGCUGUGCCACAUCGAUGCCCCUGGGCAGCAGGAAGGGGCUGCCCCUUUCAUGGCUGGGUACCAGUACCCCUCGAUGGAACAACUCUGCGAGAUGUUGCCCUGUGUCCUGCAGUAUUUUAACUUCCGGAGCAUCAUUGGAGUCGGAGCUGGGGCCGGGGCGUACAUCCUCGCCAGAUUUGCGAAAUAUUCCCCUGACCUGGUUGAAGGUCUGGUCCUCCUCAACAUUGAUCCCAACGCCAAAGGCUGGAUGGAUUGGGCCGCUUCCAAGAUCACCGGUUUGACCAGCUCGCUGAGCGAUGUGAUCCUUGCUCACCUGUUCAGCCACGCGGAACUGUCCAGCAACUCGGAGCUGGUCCAGGCCUACCAGCGACACAUCACCGAAGGCAAUGCGCUCGGCAACAUCGAGCUUUACUGGAACAGCUACAACAGUCGCCGCGACCUGGAGAUAGAACGUGCCGGAGCGGGGACUCUCAAGUGCCCAGUGAUGCUGGUGGUAGGGGAUCAUGCCCCUCAUGAAGACGCAGUGGUGGAGUGCAAUGCCAAACUCGACCCGACCCAGACCUCCUUCCUCAAGAUGGCCGAUGCGGGAGGGCAGCCUCAGAUCUCUCAGCCGGGAAAGCUGACCGAAGCCUUCAAAUACUUCCUGCAGGGAAUGGGAUACAUACCCCACAUCGUGGACAGACGCCUGAGCAUGGGCGCAGUGCCGUCCGCUGGGAUGACCCGCCUGUCCCGCUCGCGGACCACCUCGCUGUCGGGAGCCUCGGUGGACGACUCCAGGUCCCGCUCGCGCACCCUGUCGCAGGGCAGCGACGGCGGGGCCCUCACCUCCAGCCCCUCGCAGACCAUGGAGGUUUCGUGCUGAGGGCCCCGGGCCAAGUCCAGCGAUAGGCCCCCUCUGCCCGCCAUCUUUCCUUCUCGCCCGAGGGAGAAGGGCAGCCAUCGUCGCUCAGGACCUUGGCGGUGGGGGGGUGGGCCGAAAAGAGCCUGACGCCCGCAAUGUCGUAGUGUCGCGGGUGGGUGGGUUUUAAAAAAGAGAAACAAUAACAUUAAAUCAUACUUUUUUUUCCUAAAAACGCCGAAAAGACUAACUUUCCUGCCGUCUCGGGGACGGCUAACGCACGUCUCCAUUUCCCCACCCUCCCCAAGGCCUCUGACCAGUUUCCGAUCGUCGGUGCGUUUGCCGCGUAAACACUUCGCGGUCGCAGCUCUCCGGGACAGGCCCGGUGUCCUCCCCCCUCCCCGCAACUCCUUUCCCCCUCCCUCAGAAUGGUGCCCCCUCCGCCAGGCCUGGCUCUGUCUGUCUCUCCCCCUCCCCAACACCACAUUUCACUGUCAAUGCGGUCGGCAACCCUGUCGCCCCGCACGCGGACGCCCAUUUUGCUCACACGUGGAGCGGGCGGCCAUCUUGUGACCAUUUCGCAGCCGACGGCGGGGAGAUUGGUCACUCUGCCCACCAUUCGACCCCCACCGCUUCCCUGAUACGUGAUCCCAACUCCUGACUGUAAGCACAUGGGCGAGUCACGUUGGCGAUGGAGGGGGCGGGGAGGGCAUCAGACCCCCUGCCCCACAAAAGCACAAGCCCGUGAAGCCUCCAUGCACUAGGGAAGAGGGCGGGGAAGAUCGAAGGGGGCCGUAUUCCUGAGGUGUUGGGAGUCCUUUUGAAUCGAAGAGGACAGUCCUUCCUGCCUGUUGAUUCCUACAACCAAAUGUCCUGCAGGGGUGAGUGUUAAAGGGGGUACAGGAGAGAGGGAGAGGGGGAACAAGUCUAGGAAACAACCAGCUCCACCACAGAGGCCUAUCCCUUUCCAGCUUCUGUAUUAAUACAAAAAACUAUUAAUGUUGCGUGAUCUCCAUAUAUAGAGAGAGUAAGCUGUAUACAGACUGUACAAAUACAUCGAAUUAGAAACA